AUCAACGCGCGCCGGAAGUGUGGCGAGCGCCGCCGAGCCACGUGUGGACCUGGGUCCGGCGCGCGGCGGGUCCCUAGCACUUGGCAGACUUUAUUAGCACCAUGAGCUUCGUGGCAUACGAGGAGCUGAUCAAGGAGGGUGACACAGCCAUCCUGUCCCUGGGUCAUGGUUCGAUGGUGGCAGUGCGUGUGCAGCGUGGGGCACAGACUCAGACCCGGCAUGGCGUCCUGCGACACUCGGUCGACCUCAUCGGCCGCCCCUUUGGCUCCAAGGUGAUCUGCAGCAGAGGCGGCUGGGUGUAUGUGCUGCACCCCACUCCCGAGCUCUGGACAGUGAACCUACCCCACCGCACACAGAUCCUCUACUCUACCGACAUCGCCCUGAUCACCAUGAUGCUGGAGCUGCGGCCCGGUUCUGUGGUCUGUGAAUCAGGUACCGGUAGUGGUUCUGUGUCCCAUGCAAUCAUUCGCAGUAUUGCCCCCACGGGCCACCUACACACUGUGGAGUUCCACCAGCAGCGGGCAGACAAGGCCCGGGAGGAGUUCCAGGAGCAUCGGGUGGGCCAGUGGGUGACCGUGCACACCCAGGAUGUGUGCCGCAGUGGCUUUGGUGUGAGCCAUGUGGCCGACGCUGUCUUCUUGGACAUCCCAUCACCCUGGGAAGCUGUGGACCAUGCCUGGAAUGCCCUCAAGGUUGAAGGUGGGCGCUUCUGUUCCUUCUCUCCUUGCAUUGAGCAGGUCCAGCGCACAUGCCAGGCACUGGCAUCUUGUGGCUUCACAGAGCUGAGCACCCUGGAGGUGCUGCCCCAGGUCUACAAUGUUCGCACCGUCAGCCUGCCCCUGCCUGACCUGGGGACCAGUGACCUAGAGGCCAGCAUGGGCUCUGAUGCCAGCCCCUUCCGCAGCGGUACACCCAUGAAGGAGACUGUGGGCCACACUGGCUACUUGACAUUCGCCACCAAGACCCCAGGCUAGAGGGCCUUGGGGAGGAGUGUCACAGGCUGGCAGGGAGGCCAGAGACUGCCGUAUAUGGUCAGCAGCUGCCUGUGGAGCUUGUGUUUAGAAUAGAUAGAGGGUGGGGCAGGGGCCUCCUGGGUGACUGAAGGGGAUAAGGAGGCUGUCCCUGGGAGUAGGGGAGUAGUCCCAUCCUCUGAUCACUGCCCAGCUCAAGCUCUGUCCUGGCUGCUGUUUGUUGCCAACAUGAAGUCUCAUUGCAAACCCUCUCCCAGGUUUGAGGCCAGUGGGUGCAGAUUGAGGAUGGAAGAAGCUUUGGGCACUGCCUGAGACCUGCCCUGACCCAGAGGGGCAGUAGACUGUCCCAUCCCUGGUCCACGCUCUCAUUAGUGGCCCAAGGCUUAGCCAGAAACUGUGGUGGACCUGACCCAAAAAGCAUGGUCCUGCCCUUGUCCCUUCUGUCCUUUCUCAGGGCUGAUGUGGGGGGACUAGGCUGGCCUAGGGCUUGGAGGAGGUGAACCACAGUCUUGGUGCUUCACAGGCCAUGUGGAAACAUCCCUGUGCCCUGAGCUCCUGACGUGCAGGCAGCAUCCUGUGGAGAGGGAGCCCUGCUAAUGGGAUGGGUGCAUGCUUCCAUUGCCCUGUCGGGCCCAUGUCAGAGCCAGGACUCCAGUCUCCAGCCUAUGUAAGCCCAGAGCUCCUUGGGCAACCUGCCCCUUGUGGGUCCCUGGGGUGGUAGGAUGGUGGUGCAUCCUAGGUGCCCCCCAUUGACAGCACCUUCAUCACCUCUGAAGGCUAAUGAGUCUUUCCCGUCUUGGAGGCUUAGAACAGGUGCAUGAGUCAGAAGCCCUGGCUGUGGAGCUGUAUCAUCGUAGCCUUGGGCCUGGUGUCCAGCCCUCAUGUGUGGCUGACUUCAAGGAAGGCCCAGUGCCCAGGUUGUGCUGGCAUGGGGCUGCCCUGCAGCUGCUGCUGGUGCAUGGAACCAACCCCUGCGAAUGUUUGCCCAUGUUGGCACUCACGGUACCUGAAGGAGCAAUAAACAUUUUGCUCUAC